CCCCCUUCCCUCCAGCUACUCUCAGAACACCGGUCAACCUGCAGCUCCGCCCUCCAGUCAACAAACAGAACCCAACCCGACAACAAGACAUUUACUAACAAUAUCAAGAUGUCCUACUCUGGAUUUGUAUGGACUCCAAGCUGUUCUUUAACCGCGAUGAAAUAUCAAAGAUACGGAUAUGUUGAUGCUAAACCUUUUGUACCAGGAGAAAGAUUAAGUGCUAGCAGAGAACUAGAUAGGAAUGUGAAGGGGUAUAAAGAACUGAGAAAAGAGCUAUUCCAGGUUCGGCGUGAUGUAGACAGGCAACGAGAAACAAGUGUUUUAAAUGAUAGAGCCAUAAAAACCUCAUACUAUAAAUCCCCUGUAGGCACCAGGUCUUUUAAAGGUUCAGGCUCUGUAUUCUACUCUGAUCCUAUUGGGCGUCCAUCUUUUUUCUCCUCUGCGAAGAAGUAUUAAUCCUCCAUUCCCUGGGCCCUCCAGUCCCCAUUCUCAUGCUACCCCCCCCCCCC